GCUGUCCAUGUCUCAGAACCUGGCGCGCCUAGCGCAGCGCAUCGACUUCAGCCAGGGCUCGGGCUCCGAGGAGGACGAGGCGGCGGGGCCCGACGGCGAUGCGCAGGACUGGGCGGGCGGCGCGGAGCAGGACGAGGAGGACGGUGAGGCCGGGCGGGGGCUCCGGUGCAGAGCGUCCGGGACCGGGCUGGAUCCCGAGGACGGUGCCUCCGGUGCAGAGGGCCCCGGGCCGGGAGGGGCUCCUGCGCUGUGCGGUCGUGGGACGUCUUUGUGCAGUGUGGGCACGAGUGGAGCAGGCUGCGUGGACUGCAGAGUGAAGGCCGAGGUGGCCGGGCUCAGCUCUCUGCAGCCGACAGCCGGAGACACCGGUGAUCAUUUUCUGAGACAGGGUCUCCCUGCAGCCCCUGAUGGCCUGGAACUCACCGAUCUCAACCUCACAGAGAUCCUCCUGCGUCUGCCUCCCCAGUGCUGGGAUUAAAGGCGUGCGCAACCACGCCCAGCCGAGACAGGGUUGGUGAAAUUUCAGCCUUCCCUGUGGCCUUGGGACUCAGUGAGGAACAAUUUGCGAAGCGCCCUCACAGAGAUGUGUGUGCUCUAUGACGUCCUCAGUAUUGUCAGGGACAAAAAGUUCAUGACCCUUGACCCCGUCUCUCAGGACGCACUUCCUCCGAAACAGAACCCUCAGACGUUGCAGCUGAUUUCCAAGAAGAAGUCUCUUGCUGGAGCAGCUCAGAUCCUGCUGAAGGGAGCAGAAAGACUGACCAAGUCAGUGGCUGAGAACCAAGAAAACAAGCUACAACGAGACUUCAACUCGGAGCUCUUGAGACUACGGCAGCACUGGAAACUUAGAAAGGUUGGAGAUAAGAUCCUUGGCGACCUGAGCUACAGGAGCGCAGGAUCCCUGUUUCCCCACCAUGGCACUUUUGAAGUAAUUAAGAACACAGACAUUGAUCUGGAUAAGAAGAUUCCAGAAGAUUACUGUCCCCUUGAUGUCCAAAUUCCUAGUGAUUUAGAAGGCUCUGCAUACAUCAAGGUUUCCAUUCAAAAACAGGCUCCAGACAUUGGUGAUCUUGGCACAGUUAACCUCUUUAAGCGGGCUUUGCCCAAAUCCAAACCAGGUUCCCCACAUUGGCAGACAAAAUUAGAAGCAGCACAAAACGUUCUUCUGUGUAAAGAGAUUUUUGCACAGCUCUCUCGGGAAGCUGUUCAGAUUAAGUCCCAGAUCCCUCACAUUGUGGUGAAAAACCAGAUCAUCUCUCAGCCUUUCCCAAGCUUGCAGCUGUCCAUUUCCUUGUGCCAUUCCUCAAAUGAUAAGAAAUCGCAGAAGUCAGCCACGGAGAGGCAGAGCCCUGAGGAUCACCUCUAUGUUCUGGAGCACAACCUGCACCUGCUGAUCAGAGAGUUUCAUAAGCAGACCUUGAGUUCCAUUGUGAUGCCUCACCCAGCCAGUGCUCCUUUUGGCCACAAGAGAAUGAGACUUUCGGGUCCGCAGGCUUUUGAUAAAAAUGAAAUUAACUCUAUUCAGUCCACGGAAGGGCUCCUGGAGAAAAUAAUCAAACAAGCAAAGCAUAUUUAUCUGAGGAGCAGAGCUGCUGCAACAAUUGACAGCUUGGCAAGUCGAGUUGAAGACCCUCAGGUCCAGGCCCAUUGGUCAAACAUCAGUGACGUGUGUGAGUCUAGUGUGAAAGUUCUGAUCACGUCGCAAGGGUAUGAGCAGAUAUGCAAGUCCAUUCAGCUGCAGUUGAACAUUGGCGUUGAUCAGGUCCGCGUGGUGCACAGGGACGGACGAGUGAUCACACUGUCUCAUCAGGAGCAGGAGCUGCAGGAUUUCCUUCUGUCUCAGAUGUCGCAGCACCAGGUGCACGCGGUCCAGCAGCUGGCCAAGGUCAUGGGCUGGCAGGUCCUCAGCUUCAGUAACCACGUGGGACUUGGGCCUAUAGAGAGCAUUGGCAAUGCCUCCGCCAUCACGGUGGCCUCCCCGAGUGGGGACUAUGCUAUUUCAGUUCGUAACGGACCUGAGAGUGGCAGCAAGAUCAUGGUUCAGUUCCCCCGCAACCAGUGCAAAGACCUUCCCAAAAGUGAUGUCCUGCAGGACAACAAAUGGACUCAUCUCCGAGGACCGUUCAGGGAGGUGCAGUGGAACAGGAUGGAAGGCCGCAACUUUGUUUACAAGAUGGAGCUGCUGAUGUCUGCACUGAGCCCCUGUCUGCUCUGAUCUUCCCCGGGACAAGUUCCAGAGACUGACCUGGGUGCAUGCAGAUCAGUUACAGGCAGAGGGAGAGAGUCUUCCACGGGAGUUCUGUGUACUGCCCACGGACCUGGAGCUCCUGCACUCCACAGGAGCCUUGUUUGAAAGACUGCUGAAUGUUUACCUAGCAGCCCCAGACCGUUCACUUUGUGAGUGAUAAGUGCUUUGAAAUGGAAGUUUGUCUAUAGUUGUAUGGGAGAUGUAAAAUAAUUUGUUUUUUAUACAGUUAACUUGAAGACAUUACUAACUUAAGGGCUUGAAUUUGUUUUUUAAAAUAAAAUAUCCCUGUUGUGUGAUGUUAACAUAAAAUAUGUGCUUAAAACUCUCCAAGUA